AUGCCGCUGCUGACGUCGCUGGCCUUUGCCCCUGUGCUGCUGAAGACAGGGGGGGCCCUCUUGACCUCCUACGGGCCAGCAGCAACAGCAACAGGGACUGCAGCAGCAGCAGCAACUGUGGGGGGGGGAGCAGCAGCAGCAGGAAGCAAAGUCUUGGGCCUUGCAAUGCUCACUAAGGGAGUUUCGAGUGCAGCAAAAAGCGGAAAGCGGCGCUUUUACGUUGGCGGCGGUGCAGCAGCAAGCCACGGGCUGCUGCAGGGGCCCCCAGCAGCAGCAGCAGCAGCAGCAGCAACAGCAGCAGCAGCGGGGGCGCCUGCAGCAGCUGCUGCGCCGGGCGCCGCUCUUGCGGCCGGAGCGCCGAUGACGGCAGCAGCGGCGCUGCCAGCGUCUGCUGCUGCUGCUCCUGCUGCUGCUGCAGUUCCUGCUGCUGCUGCAGUUCCUGCUGCUGCUGCAGUUCCUGCUGCUGCAGCAGCGCCUGCAGCAGCAGCGCCCGCAGCAGCAGCAGCAGCAGCAGCAGGGCACGGGAAGCAGCUGACGAUGAUAGCGACGGUGGCGGGAGUGAUGGCGCUGCGCGCAGCAGCAAACAAGUACUGGCUGCCUGCUGCUGCUGCUGCUGCUGCUGCUGCUGCUCCCCGCAGCAGAUUAAUCCGCAGAGUGGCCAGGUGGUGCAAAGAAGAACAAAUAGCCCUCGAGGCGGAGACGGAGUUCGAGGCGAUCCCGCUGCUGCCGUUUGAGGAGGAGGGCCGGCCUGCUGCUGCUGCUGCUGCUGCUGCUGCUGCUGCUGCUGCUGCUGCUGCUGCUGCUGCGGACCGCAGCAGCAGCAGCAGCGCCUCCGCCGCCAGGCUCACGGAAGCGGGACUCACUGACAUUGAAACAACUGCUUCCACUUUGGAAAAAAGAAAAAAAAGAAAAGUGACUUAUGUCCGGAGGGCGCGGGGCAACUUGCACCGCUUUCUCUGA